UUUCACUAAUCAUCGGAUCAAACGCAUAAUCCUGCCAUCGUCAAGAGAGUAUUUGCAGAAAGUUGAUAAAACUUGAUGCGCGUCUGGGUAAACCCUAGAGCUCAGCUGUUUCCCGGUACGCACACUGCAAUGUUUGGUUUUUCCGCUUCAAGAUUAGCUUUGAAUAGGAGUGUUUAUCUGUUUGUCUCAAAUGCUCAAGGGAUUCUUCCUUUUUACUCAUUAUUUGUAAUCAGAUUCCUUUUGUCUUCGACAUCUUCUAAUUUGAAUGAGCAUUCAUUUAUAGUCUCAUAUCUCAUAAAUUCAUGUGGAUUAACCCUAAAAUCUGCUCAAUCUAUCUCAAAGAGGAUAUGUUUUGAAACCACUGAAAGACCAGACUCUGUACUUAGGCUUCUCAGGGAACAUGGAUUCACCAAUUCCCACAUCUCUAAAAUUGUUAAGAGUUGGCCCCGGGUGUUGUUAGCGCAACCAGAGAAGACACUCUUGCCCAAGUUUGAGUUUCUGCGUUCUUUAGGGGUUUCAAGUUCAGACAUGGCCAUAAUUGUUUCUAGGAACCCAUUUUUGUUGGCUCGGAGUAUAGAGCGAUAUCUGAUCCCACGUUGUGAGGUCCUUAAAAGUUUACUUGUUUCUGAUGAGAAAGUAGUUACGGCCCUGAAACGCAUGGGACGAACUUUUUCACAGAACAGCUUUUCUAACAAUUUAGCCUACUUAAGAGGGCUUGGAGUCCCUCAUUCUUUCAUCUCUCACUUGGUUACCCAAUGUCCGUCAAUCAUGUGCCAGGAAGUGGGCAAGUUUGCUGAAGGGGUUAAGAAGGUUAUGAAACUAGGAUUUGACCCUUCAAAAGUUACAUUUGUUGAGGCAGUCCGUGUUUUUUAUACUAUGACGCACAAAACAUGGGAACAUAAAAUGGAGGUUUAUAGGAGGUGGGGUUUGUCUGAAGAUGAGAUUUGGUUGAUUUUCAGAAAGCAUCCCACAUGUCUGGCAAGGUCUGAGAAGAAGAUCAUGGGUACAAUGGAUUUUCUUGUGUGCAAGAUGGGUUGGCAGCCUUCUGCUGUUGCUAGAGUUCCAAUUGUGCUCUGUUGUAGUUUGGAGAGGAGGAUUCUGCCUAGAUGUUCAGUUGUAAGAGUUUUGCUUUUGAAGGGUUUGAUUAAGGGAGACAUCCAUUUUUCCUCUGUGUUGAUGCCUUCUGAAAAGCGCUUCUUGGAAUUGUAUGUGAUCAAGUAUCAAGAACAGGUGCCUCAAUUGUUGGAUCUCUUUCAGGGAAAAACGAGUCUUACAGAACUUGGCUUUGGCUUUGAUGAUAAAUCUGGGAUUCUCAGGAUCAAGAUAACUUGGGUGGAAUAAUGGUGCAUGUUAUUGUUAGUUAUCCAAAAUUGAGUAGCUUGUUAAAACUUGCUAAAUGUAUUAUGUCUUCAGACGCUACCAAAUUAUUUAUUGAGUUCCAUACCAAUAGAAUGUGAAAACAAGAAUCUUGGAUUAUGCCUAUAGGAAGGGAUAUAAACAGUGUUAUAUGUGCUGAGCAGGAAGUGAAAGUGGAAUUUGAUCCUCUUGUUCAUGAAAUUUGUCUUGGUCUUUUGGCACUCCAAUUGGCUGGUGAACGCGAGAUGGGGAUUUGUAGCUGGUGGGCUUGCUUUGCAUCUACUGCGUACAUACACAAGCCUUUAUUGUUGAAGGGAAUCAUCCCUAGGUGCUCAAUCACUGGAUUUCUGCUGAAUGCUUAAUCAAGGAAGAACUCCUCUUAUCAGUUUGUAUAGGUAAGGUCCACGUACAUACUGGAGGCUGGGUAUAAGUAGCAGAUUCUUCAAUUGAUAAAGUGGUUUUACUAUUCUAGAACUGGAAGUUGGAUUUGCACAGCAACUCA